AUGGCCGAUCAAGUUAUUAAGCCAGGAGGAACAAAUCCGCUAUUAAAACGUAUCUUUGAUAUUAUUCAAGAUGUUUUCGAUUUUAUUGUACUGAUCGUUCAGAUGACAUUGGAAAUAUUUAAGGCUGGGGUGGAGAAAAUAGUUGGUCGAGAGCCGAAGGAUAUUAGUGGUGAAAUUGUAUUGAUUACCGGCUCAGGACAUGGUAUAGGUCGUGAACUGACAAUGCAAUAUGUUAGCCAACACAGUACGGUCAUAUGUGUUGAUAUCAAUGAGAAAAACAAUGAGGAGACAAUGAAGAAGGCCAAAGCCCUCAAUAGGGGAGUGGUCCACAGUUACAUCUGUGAUGUAACUGAUCGUGAAGCCAUUUUAAAUUUGGCCGACAAAAUUAAACGUGAUAUCGGUCCGGUAUCGGUGCUGAUAAAUAAUGCCGGUAUUAUGCCAACAAAACCAUUGGAAAAACAAACCCCUGAAGAGAUACGGCGUACCUUCGACAUCAAUGUAUUUGCCCAUUUCUGGACAUUGGAAGCAUUCUUACCCCAGAUGAAGCAACAAAAUCGCGGCCACAUUAUUGCCAUCUCAUCGAUGUGCGGUGUCGUUGGUAUGCCCAAUUUGGUGCCAUAUUGUGCCUCGAAAUUUGCUGUACGCGGUAUGAUGGAGGCUCUGCACAAUGAAAUGCAUUUGGGACCAUAUAAGAAUUUGAUAAAAUUCACCGCCAUUUAUCCCUAUGCCGUGGACACGGGCCUCUGUGAAAGUCUCAAUUCUAGAUUUCCCUCAGUGCUGGCCAUGUUGGAUCCCAAAUAUGUGGCAGAGAAAAUCAUUGAAGCCCAUCGCUGUGAACUGACCAAUGUGGCAUUGCCAUCGUACAUGUUUCAUUUAAAUAACUGGACCCGCCUACUGCCCCAUACCGCGGCACUUUUAUUGUUCGACUAUAUGAACUGUGCAAUAGGUUGUAAAUAA